AGUUACUAACUUACCUGACUGAUGAAUGAAAAAGUAAAAUUUUAGGGAAUCUUUAAGAGUAAUCAUGUUGAAAAUUGUAAACAAAGUAUGAUCAUUUUGAUUUGAAUUUAAUGAAUUUUCAAAUGACUUGAUUUUUUUCACCAUUGAAUGACAAGUUUACAACCGUUUAAAAUUAAAUCAAAUUGAAUUGUUCAUCAAAUCGGAAGAAAAUCAUCUGAACCAUCUUUCAAAUGAGUUUAACCAAAAGGGAGCGAUAUCCUGGGAUAUUUACAUGUCCAGAAUGUAGUGCAUUGUUCACCUGUUUAUCUUAUUUCCAACAACAUGUCAGAGUCCAUGCACAAGCUAAUGGAAUUAUAUUACAUACAUGUUCACAUUGUCGUUUUUCGACUGAAACAGAAAUUACUUUUAAAUGGCAUGUUAAUAGCCAUUCAGGGGAGACUCCCCACUCUUGUAAUGUUUGUAGUAAAUCACCGACCGAAGACAGUGAAUCUAGUUACAAUGGAUCUUCCAACAAUCUCGUCAAAAUCGAGGUCGAAAGCGAUGAAGAAGAACAAAAUUCAUGUGCUAUGGUGGGCAAAAGAUCAGUGGCAACAGCGACAACCGACGAUCUUUUAUUAAUAGGAUCUAAUGUACAACCAACGAUCAGAAAGGAUACAAAUCAUUAUGCAAGUAACCAAACUUCCCAUCAUCUUAGCGGUAAUUAUAUGCAAGAUUCGAAAAGAUCGACGAAGAUAAACCAAAGAUAUCAAACAUCUGACAAUGACGAAGAAGACGAAGAUGAAGAAGAGGAAGAAGAGGAGGAGGAGGAGGAAGACGAAGAAGAGGACGAAGAAGAGGAAGAAGAAGAAGAAGAAGAGGAAGAAGAAGAAGAGGAGGAAGAAGAGGAAGAAGAAGAUCAAGAUAUGCAACUACAACAUCAUCAGCAACAACAGCAGCAGCAGACGCAGCAACAACAACAAAUUGUUCAACAAGAUGAAGAUGGUUCAUUAGAUAAUAGUUCACAAAAUGGUACCACAUUAAUGCCAAUGGUUUCUGCAAUACCUACCGUUGGUGAGAACGAUGUUAGUGAUGAAGAAGACGACGAAGAAGAAGAAGUUGAAUCGGAAGAAGACGGAGGGGAAGCAGAUGGUGAUCAAGAGUAUUUAAACGUAGCCGCUGAUCAAAUGGUAGCAACAGAUUAUUAUCAAGAAAUAAUUACUCAGGGACCGCCUUACACGAAGUCAACCAAUGAUCCAAUGGAUACUACUGUAGCACUCAUAGGGGCACAGACAACAACAACCACUACAACUGACCUAGUACCUGGCUCUUCGAGUCGUGGUCGUGGGAAAGGUAAUCGUAAAUCAAGAUCAAUAGUUUCAAUGGAUUCAGCUGAUGGUACAUCUCUCGGUGAAAUGAGAAGAAAAUUUCACUGUUCUCACUGUGGUAAAUCAUUUAAGACCAAAUCUCAUCUACAGAGACACAUCUUAACCCACACUGGAGAAAAACCUUAUCAUUGUAAUCGAUGUGGAUCUAAAUUUAAUCAAAGCUCAAGUCUCCGCAAUCAUAUAAUAGCCAUUCACACGAAAGAAUAUCCUCAUUAUUGUACCCAAUGUGGUAAAGGCUUCCUGAUGCCAGCUCUUUUACAAAAACACCUGACGACUUCUCAUCGGAAUAAAUGAUAAUAAGCCGGUGAUUAUAAAUAUAAUAUAAAUAUAAAUACAAAAUAUACAUAUACAUAUACAUAAUAUACAUACUAAUGUAUAUCUUUCCCUCGCCCUUUCCUAUCCACCCUCUUCUUAAAUUAACUUUCCCUCCACCUCUCGAUACAAUUGCGAUCUUCGUUUUAAAAGCUUUUUGACUCCUUUCAAUAUCGUUCGCUUGCUUGCUCUUUGCUUAAUUUUCCAACAGUCCAUUAUCCUUUUUUUUUGAAAAUUUUCAUCUUAACCAUAUUAAUCAGACAGAAACUACCCAACAUCGCAAUUUAAUCCUCACUAAUUGCAAUUUAUCUUUGUUUUGAAAGCUAAAAGCGCACAUAUUGAACUAGUAAAAACAAAACUGCAUGUAUUUGUGUUUUAGUUUUAAGUAAAUGAAUGUAAGCAAGUGAUCGCUUAAGUAAGGUAUGCAAAGACGAUUCUUUCAUUGAAAAUUGGAUGUAAAAACUGCUCCUAACCAUCGAAGUGAGAUGUGUAUUGGGAUGAGAAUAAACGAAAUCUUUCCUACGUAACAUUAAUCUAACCUAUUUGAAAGGGGAAAAAGAGUAAAAACAAAAGACCAACGAGUGAAGAGUCAACUUAUGAAUUUCCAUUGCCAUUAACUUUUGUUCCUUUUCAAAAAAUUUGCAAGAUUGAUCGAGAUGAUUAUCUGAUGUUCAUCAUCCCGUCCCAUCCAUUUUCCUCUUUAGUCUCAUCUUUUCUCUUCCAUCACCAUUUUCAUUCUCAUCGCCAUUCUCAUCAUCGCCAUCUCUGUCAUGAUCAUCAUCACCUUCAUUAUUACUUCUUGUCUUGUAUAUCAUCUCUUUUUUGUCGACCUGACACUGUUUAGGUCAUAAUCCUACAUAUAUAUAAUUAUCUAUAUAUAUGAUUCUCCCUUGGAUGCCUCUAAACACUCAAUUUUUUCCCUUUUUUGCAAAUGAUUAAUAUGAAAAUAUAAUUUUAUUUA